AUGAGUCGAUAUAACUACGACCAAAUUGAUCUCAAAGGGCACGCGAUUCGACUGCUCCGCCUUCUUCCUGGGUCCGCAUCUGAACAAAUAUCCUGCGAAAUCAUUCAAGCAUGGCUCUGUCCACAUAAAGACGUCCUACCGUACGAGGCGCUAUCAUACACCUGGGGCUCUGCGAAAGCACCCGAAAACAUUACCGUCAACGGAAAGCUCCUCGCCGUGACGGAAAACCUGUACAAAGCUCUUCAACAACUGCGCUACCCUAACCAAGAGAGAAUACUGUGGGUGGAUGCCAUUUGCAUCAAUCAAGAUGACAACAGGGAGAGGGGCCACCAAGUGCAGCAAAUGGGCGACAUUUUCAAGAAAGCAGGACGAGUUAUAUUCUGGCUGCAGCAGAUCAGCCUCAGCUACCCUUACAGCAGCUGGAGCCGGAACGACGAGAACUGGAGACGCAUUUGGACACAUUCCAUCGGGCCUGCUCUACCUUGGUUUACGCGAGUCUGGAUACUGCAGGAAGUGACCAACGCGAGGGAAGCGUUGCUGUGCUGCGGAUCAAAGACCAUCGCACCAUGGAUCUUGAGCAUUGCUACGCAGCUUCUGGAUGUACAGCCAGAUUAUCACCAAGAAGCCGUUAUCGAAGUCAUGCCUGGACCUUGGAGAGCGUCAUCAUGGUGGAACGAAAGCCAAGAUCUUUAUACACUACUCACGAAAUUCGGCGACAGCCAGGCAACCGAGCCGCGCGACCUGAUUUACGCAUUGAAAGGCAUGUCUUCCGAUGCCAGAAACGAGCCCAGCUUGUACGCGGACUACAACAAACCGGAGCAGCAAUUAGUCCAAGACGCCAUCCUAUUAAUGUAUCCCCUCAAAGUCGAGCAUCUGGUAAUCAUUAAGCCGCCAGCGACAGUCCGGGAUCUCAUCCAUGAUCUUAAAGGGAUAUGCAGGCGCAUUGCUUCCAACUGCCACGCGAUAUAUUCUCGCCAAGACAUGAAGGCCCUCAUUCAGCUCAAGUCACCUCAAGUCCAAAGUCAAAUAUUCGUGGAAUUACUCUCCCGGGACGGAAAUGAAGACUUCGCCAAGCAUCUCCUCCGGGAUUGGGGAAUGCAAGUCAAAAUCAUCAGAAAGCACCUCCACACCAUAGCCUGGAGCAAGCUGAGCGCGGAUAUGGCCGAGAUAGUCUUUCGUCUCAUGGACGAGGACGCCAUCGCGACAGUUCCCACUAUAAUCAUGGCGGCCAGUAACGAGGCUUGUGGCGAUAGGAUCAUUGAGUUUUUCUCUCAACACGGCACUGGUUAUCUACCGGUAUCAGAUGACCUAAUGAGAGGAGCAGCUUUAAAUGAAGGCUGCGGGUGCAAAAUCAUGGAAAGGAUUCUUCGUGAUAAAAAGAAUCAUAUAUAUCUCCCAGACGACAUCUUCGACAAUGUGGCAAACUGGGGAGACUCUCGUGUAAAGAAGCUGGAGAUCAUCGGCCGACUUGUAGACCACGACGAAAAUUACGACAAGUUGACCGAGAAACUUUUGUUACAUGCCGUUCGAAUACCACCGUCCAGCAUUCACGAUACUCGCCAUGAAUACAAAAAUGCGAGCGUGUGGCUCACAGAGAGGCUCUUGGUGCACCGCAGAAAACCCUCUGAUAUAACCGAGAUAUUGCAGAGAGCAGUAGCCAAUUCCACCAAUGCUGGAAAGCUAACGUCUCUUUUGUUUUUGUAUUGGGGGAAACGGAGUUUUACCAUUACGGAUGAUAUUCUCUGGGCGGCUGUGACGAACAACGAGGGGGGACAUGACGCGAUGGCGUUGUUAUUCAGGGAAAUGCGACAUGAGAUGAUUAUUCCUCAAGCAAUAAUCGAUUUCGCCCUUUCGUCAAAGAAUGAUGAGAUUCGCCAAUUGUUUACGCAGUAUUGCACCAAACAAUCUGAAGAGCUGUCGAUUUCGAGCAGAGACCUCUCAGGUCCGGACGGCUUGUGA